GGAUCCGGCUGACGCACUGGCCCCGGCUCCCCGAGACCCGGACCCGAGGGGAGGCGGGGAGGAGGAAAAGGAGAGAGGGCGCGCGUGCGCAGUGGCGCGGGGAGGAUCGGGGGACCUGGCAGCGGGCGAGGAGGCUGCGAGCGAGCCGCGAACCCGGCGGGCGGAGGGCGGCGAGCGCGCGCGCACCAUGGGAGAAAAACCCGGGACCAGGGUCUUCAAGAAGUCAAGCCCUAACUGCAAGCUCACUGUGUACCUGGGCAAGCGCGACUUCGUGGAUCACCUGGACAGAGUGGACCCCGUGGAUGGCGUGGUGCUCGUGGACCCUGACUACCUGAAGGACCGCAAAGUGUUUGUGACCCUCACCUGCGCCUUCCGCUAUGGCCGGGAGGACCUGGACGUGCUGGGCCUGUCUUUCCGCAAAGAUCUGUUCGCCGCCACCUACCAGGCCUUUCCCCCCAUGCCCAACCCGCCCCGGCCCCCCACCCGCCUGCAGGAGCGGCUGCUCAGGAAGCUGGGCCGGCACGCCCACCCCUUCUUUUUUACGAUACCCCAGAAUCUGCCCUGCUCUGUCACGCUGCAGCCGGGACCGGAGGACACAGGGAAGGCCUGUGGAGUAGACUUUGAGAUUCGCGCCUUCUGUGCCAAAUCACUAGAAGAAAAAAGCCACAAAAGGAACUCUGUGCGCCUCAUCAUCAGAAAGGUCCAGUUCGCUCCGGAGACGCCCGGCCCCCAGCCCUCCGCUGAGACCACGCGCCACUUCCUCAUGUCCGACCGGAGGUCCCUGCACCUAGAGGCGUCCCUCGACAAAGAGCUGUACUACCACGGGGAGCCCCUCAGCGUCAACGUCCAUGUCACCAACAAUUCCGCCAAGACCGUCAAGAAGAUCAGAGUCUCCGUGAGACAGUACGCCGACAUCUGCCUCUUCAGCACCGCACAGUACAAGUGCCCUGUGGCUCAGCUUGAACAAGAUGACCAGGUGUCGCCCAGCUCCACGUUCUGCAAGGUGUACACUGUCACCCCGCUGCUCAGUGACAACCGGGAGAAGAGAGGCCUGGCCCUGGAUGGCCAGCUCAAGCAUGAAGACACCAACCUGGCUUCCAGCACCAUCGUGAAGGAGGGGGCCACCAAGGAGGUGCUGGGCAUCCUGGUGUCCUACAGGGUCAAGGUGAAGCUGGUGGUGUCCAGAGGCGGGGAUGUCUCCGUGGAGCUGCCUUUUGUCCUCAUGCACCCCAAGCCCCACGACCACAUCACCCUUCCCAGGCCCCAGUCAGCGCCCCGGGAAACAGAUGUCCCCGUGGAGACCAACCUCAUCGAAUUCGAUACCAACUACGCCACAGACGACGACAUCGUGUUUGAGGACUUUGCCCGGCUUCGGCUGAAGGGGAUGAAGGAUGAGGACUGUGACGAGCAGUUUUGCUAGAAGAGGGGCUGGGAGAGGUAGGGGCAUCGCGAGCCCCGCUGCCGUCGGGGCCCACAGCCUCUCCCUCCCCAUCCGCCCGAGGCGCACACUGGGCCCCGCUCGCUGAACUCGGGGGCUAUUGUCCGACUCGCGCUGCGGCCCCCGCCCUGCUCCCUACGGUGCCGAGCUGCGUGCACACCUAAGGGUGCGGAAGGGGACGGUGAGAACGAGGAGUCAGUGUAGCAGAAGUAGAAGAGCCCCGCAGUUGGCCUCAUAGCAACCCGCCCCAGGUCACCACCUCCGCCUCCCAUCCCUUGAAGAUGAGACUCCGGGGAGGGAGGAGGCUGGAGCAAGGCCAUUUCCCUGUCUCUGAGCAUAGGGAAGAAAUAAACCUUUUCAGAGGCA